AUGAAGCGGAAACUGCGGUCUCAGACCUCGGAUGAUGACAGUUUUUCAGACGGUCGUUUGGUAAUCGAUUGUAAUUUUCCACCGGAUAGUGGCUCUUUUCUGGAAUCCUCAACGUCCAAAACUCGUUCUGUCGCAGAAAAGACUCCGGGUAGUGCACGUAAACGAGCAUCUGGAAGGCUUGAAAAGCAUGCAACAUCGACAGUGCUGCGUACUCCCAGCCACACGUCAAAGUCCAACUCAUCCGAUCUUUCCGACACAUCCGCUUCUCGACGGAAGCGCGGAAAAUUUUCGAGGCUACGGUUAUACGAUGUCAAUUCCCCAGAAGCCGAGGCACCUUCAUUUGGUACCGAAGCCCAGUCAGGUACCGCUACCGCUCCUGACGCAGAGCGUUCAAAGCGUGGCCAAGCAUCGUCCAGCAGAAGCAGGUCGUUUAAUUCCCCAUCUUCCUAUCCGUUGCAUCUUGAUUCAAUGGGCGGAAGUGAUGAAGACAGCGAGAGCGUUUUUUCGUUUGACACAGUCCCCACCACUUCGUCGACUCCGGUCAGCGCGUCGAGGCGGCGCUCGGACGCGACGCCGGCCCUCACAUCCCCGUCAAAGCGGCGUGGCCGACCUCGUCGGCAGUGCAACCUAACCAACACCCGGAAGGUGGCGCCUGUUGUUAUUCAGUUUAAUCGCGGUCUCCAAAUGUCCCUCAUCUCCCAGCCAGCUCAGACAGAUUGGCUAUCCUCGAGGCGAGAAUCCACUUCUUUGAGCACUGGAGAUGCACCAGCGAUUAAAGUGAGGCGUCCCUCAGAUUCCUCAGUGGACGCUGUCGACAACUAUUGCUGGUUUUGUCAUUGUCCUGGACAGGUGAAGCCAUGCUCCAAAUGUCCCCGUGUUUACCAUCCUCGUUGCGUCGGAUCCUCCGAUGCGGACAAAGCCAGUGAGGCCAUGUCACGUCGUGACUGGAGGUGCCCCGUGUGCUGUGAGUUAGACUCGGCCGCUUCCGAUGCGUGUGUGGCGGAGAAAUGGCUUCCGCUGACCUCAACAGCAACCUACGAGGCUCAACUGCAGAAGGCGCUGGCUUUCAUGGUCGAUAUGCUGUCCAUGCAGAGCUGGGCGGAGCCAUUCAGAGAGCCUGUGGACGAUGACGACAGCCUCAACGUCACGGAUGUUAUUAGGUACCCAAUGGAUCUUCGAACUCUUCUUGGACGAGUAAACGAGGGCCGGUAUAAGUCAACACAUGCAUUUUUGGCGGAUUUCCGGUGGAUCAUUCACAAUUGCUUCAUCCUCGAGAACAAGUCCGACUCGCCCCUGCUGGCCAAAGUCCGCUCCCUUGAACAGACGUGUCUCCUUGAGGUUAGCCUUCUGCGGGCCUGUCCCACCUGCUAUCUCAAUCGAACAGUGGCCCUUCCCGUUCUUCCGUCAACCACCUUCGUCUUCCCUGCCAUCUCCAAAUGCGAGCCCCGCAUUUAUAGGCGUCCCGAGUUGAGAAAGCGACCAACCGACUUGAGCGUCAAUCUAGCCGAGGGGUUGUGGUUCAUAAAGCCUUGUCCUGUGGUUCACCCCCUUGUGUGGGUGCGCUUCGACGAUGGUCAGCAGUGGCCAGGCAAGAUGAUGGACAUGUCGAAUGGCCUGGUGGUUGUGGCAUUUUUCGGCGACUACUCCUCCCGAACCACUCCGUCCAACUUCGUGACAUUCCACACGCGCUUGGGCGUGGCUGCGAACGUUGCUGUUGCAGCCGCCGGAUGCAGUGGCCUCAAGCCGUCGACUGAUUUCGUCGAGUCGAGGGAUGCCAAGACCCUCGAUCGAGCGCUUGGGGAGCUGCGGCGACAUGUGGCCCUGAUCCUAGAGGCGCACCCCAAUUUCCGGCUACCGUCUCCUCCCCUAAACGGUGUUCUUCCCUUCACCACUCAGACCCUCAGGCAUUGCUAUGGGCCAUUCAAUCGAUGGCUUCCUCAAUUGAAUGCUCACUCACCGAAUCCCCACCAAGAUGAUCCCCCACUCGAGGCAAACAAUGAUGACGCUGAGUCCACUGCUUCCCCUGGUGGGGGCGUGUCACCUCCACACCAGCCCCCUCCCACACCACCACCUGCACCGCCCCCCAAAACACCCCCACCUCGGGGCGCUCUGAACUCGGCCAGCUUCAUAGAGCCACUGUUGGUGCGUCUGGCUAGCGUUUCGCAACAUCGCGACGCCAGUGGCUUCCACGAGCUGUCUUCUCAGAGGACACCGGCGACGGCCCCGCCAACAGCAUCCCAACCCGACCCCCCACCUCCGCUGCAGACCGCCCCCGAGGAACGCGAAGAAAGGCAGGGACAUUUUUAUUUUAUUUUGUGGAAGUGUGCUGUGCAGCGUUUGCUUGCCGCUGCUGGUGUGUGUUUCGGCUCGGUCGAUCAUUGUGAUGGAGCUGCCGCCCCCACCGACAUUCACGCUCUUCCUCAAUUAACCCCCACCCAAACUGCGCCUCCCCCAGCCGCCGCCGCCUCCGCCGUGAGGCCGCCUUCUUCGGGGCCAGACGUGCAGGCCGACCUCUCAGCCGGUCUGCUGAAUGCUCGAACGACGCUUUGCGAGGGCUUCCGGUCCCUGCUUGAGGGGGUCUUCGAGAAGUUGGAAGGGGUCGUUUGCCAGUCCCAGGCUCCUGCUGCACCCAACCCCAAGGUGGCCGUCAGUGUCCAAGAAAAGCACACGCAGACGACCACCUCCCUCCAGCCGACGACAACCGCUACCUCAAUUCCAUCCCUGUCCGAGAAAACGAAGACAGUGCUGCUUAAGUCAGAAAUCCUUCGGCAGAACCAGGAGCUGGAGCGCCUUCGACUCCUGCUGGACUACUCGCGCUACGAAAUCUCAAACAGCCAGCGAGCCCACCUUGUCGAACUGCGCUCUGUGUGGGAGGCGGAAUUGACGGCGGUUGUGGAGGCCGUGGCUAAAGUCUGCGAACAAGAAGCCAUGCGAAUAAUUGACCAGGUGAAGCAGAAGCAAUGGGUAAGCCGUGUGAAUGUGUUAGUUGGCUUCAUUGGUGGAUAA